AUGUUUUCGGAAACAUCUGCCACUCGUGAAGAAUCACCACCCUGCAGAGAAGCGAUUGUAGGACCUACAUCCUCCAAAGCAGUGCCUCUAGUAAUCUGUGGUCCUUCUGGAUCAGGAAAAAGUAGCAUAAUUGAAAGACUUCUCCUGAGGAAUCCAGAUAUAUUUCAAGUCUGCAUCUCCCACACCACUCGUCAAAGAAGACCCUAUGAGAUAGAUGGGAAAGACUACAUUUUCGUUACUAAAGAUGAGUUUCAAGCGGCUAUAAAAAGGAAUGAAUUUGUUGAGUACGCGGUAUUUUCGGGAAACUAUUAUGGUACAAGCAAAAUACAAAUGGAGAAAGUCAUUCAAGCGGGCAAAGUUUGCAUUUUCGAGUUGGAUACACAGGGUGUGGAGCAGAUAAGGAAAACGGAGAUUCACCCCAUUUACGUUUUCAUCCGACCAAGGAACUACGCAGUUCUUGAGAAGAGACUUCGUACGCAUUCGGUUGAGUCGGAGGAGCACAUUUUACAGCGGCUGGCAAUAGCACAUCAUGAGAUGCAGUACGCUCUUGAUGAGGAAAUAUUUAAAAAGGUUGUCACAAAUGAAGACCUCGAUGCUGCAGUUAGAGAAAUUGAAUCACUUCUUCAACAGGAUGAACGCCUCCAGCAUAUUUUCAGUGAUCCAUGA